AUGUUCUCGCGACAAGUCCUCCGCUCCGUCCGGGCCGCCGCUCCCCAGCGCGCCCUCGCCCUCCGCGCCGCCCCCGUCCGCUCGUUCGCUGCCGCCGCGGCUCCCACCGAGGUCAAGGCCCCCGUGGCCGUCUUCGGCGUCGACGGCACCUAUGCCACCGCUCUGUACACGGCUGCCGUCAAGACCUCGACCCUCGACCCCACGGCCAACGCCCUCACCAACCUCGGCGCCCUCCUCGAGAAGGACCCCAAGCUGGUCACCAUCCUCGCCGCCCCUACCCUGACCGACGCCGACAAGUCCUCCAUCGUUGAGGAGCUCGUCAAGCAGUCCGGCGCCUCCAGCGAGACCGUCAAGAACUUCCUCAACACCCUCGCCGAGAACAACCGACUCGGCCUCCUCCCCGGCGUCGUUGAGAAGUUCGCCACCCUCAUCUCCGCCGCCCGCGGCGAGGUCGAGGUCACCGUCACCAGCGCUCAGCCUCUUGACAGGCGCACUCUCAGCCGAUUGGAGACUGCCGUCUCCAAGUCCUCCUACAUCGGUGCUGGCCAGAAGCUCAAGGUCACCAACACUGUCAACUCCGACAUCGUUGGCGGACUCGUCGUCGAGAUUGGCGACCGAACCAUUGACCUCAGCGUCUCCGCCCGCAUCGCCAAGAUGAACAAGCUCCUGACCGACUCCCUGUAA